AUGGCCAAGGCAAAACACAGGCAUGGCCAACAGACUAGUCCUCAGCUUCCUGUUUGUGAUGCUGGCUGGAGGUUUUAUGGGCACUUGUGCUCAAGACAUGGCUCCUACAACAGCCAGCGCGGCUCCUACAAAAGCCAGCGGGACUGCAACAACAGCCAGCGGAACUGCAACAACAGCCAGCGGGACUGCAACAACAGCCAGCGGGGCUCCUACAACAGCCAGCGGAACAGCAACAACAGCCAGCGGGACUGCAACAACAGCCAGCGGGACUGCAACAACAGCCAGCGGAACAGCAACAACAGCCAGCGGGACUGCAACAACAGCCAGCACGGCUCCUACAACAGCCAGCGGAACUGCAACAACAGCCAGCGGAACUGCAACAACAGCCAGCACGGCUCCUACAACAGCCAGCGGAACAGCAACAACAGCCAGCUGAACUGCAACAACAGCCAGCGGGACUGCAACAACUGCCAGUGCGGCUCCUACAACAGCCAGCGGAACAGCAACAACAGCCAGCGGAACUGCAACAACAGCCAGCGGUACUGCAACAACAGCCAGCACGGCUCCUACAACAGCCAGCGGAACAGCAACAACAGCCAGCGGAACUGCAACAACAGCCAGCGGGACUGCAACAACAGCCAGCGAGGCUCCUACAACAGCCAGCGGAACAGCAACAAAAGCCAGUGGAACUGCAACAACAGCCAGCACGGCUCCUACAACAGCCAGCGGAACAGCAACAACAGCCAGCGGCACAGCAACAACAGCCAGCGGGACUGCAACAACAGCCAGCGGGACUGCAACAACUGCCAGUGCGGCUCCUACAACAGCCAGCGGCACAGCAACAACAGCCAGCGGGACUGCAACAACAGCCAGCGGGACUGCAACAACAGCCAGCGGGACUGCAACAACAGCCAGUGGUACUGCAACAACAGCCAGCACAGCUCCUACAACAGCCAGCGGAACAGCAACAACAGCCAGCGGGACUGCAACAACAGCCAGCGGGACUGCAACAACAGCCGGGACUGCAACAACAGCCAGCACAGCUCCUACAACAGCCAGCGGAACAGCAACAACAGCCAGCGGAACAGCAACAACAGCCAGCGGGACUGCAACAACAGCCAGCGGAACUGCAACAACAGCCAGCGGAACUGCAACAACAGCCAGCGGGACUGCAACAACAGCCAGCGGGACUGCAACAACAGCCAGUGGGACUGCAACAACAGCCAGCACAGCUCCUACAACAGCCAGCGGAACAGCAACAACAGCCAGCGAAACAGCAACAACAGCCAGCGGGACUGCAACAACAGCCAGUGGGACUGCAACAACAGCCAGCACAGCUCCUACAACAGCCAGCGGAACAGCAACAACAGCCAGCGGAACAGCAACAACAGCCAGCGGGACUGCAACAACAGCCAGAGGGACUGCAACAACAGCAAGCGGGACUGCAACAACAGCCAGCGGGACUGCAACAACAGCCAGCGGGACUGCAACAACAGCCAGAGGGACUGCAACAACAGCCAGCGGGACUGCAACAACAGCCAGAGGGACUGCAACAACAGCCAGAGGGACUGCAACAACAGCCAGCGGGACUGCAACAACAGCCAGAGGGACUGCAACAACAGCCAGCGGGACUGCAACAACAGCCAGAGGGACUGCAACAACAGCCAGAGGGACUGCAACAACAGCCAGCGGGACUGCAACAACAGCCAGAGGGACUGCAACAACAGCCAGAGGGACUGCAACAACAGCCAGCGGGACUGCAACAACAGCCAGAGGGACUGCAACAACAGCCAGAGGGACUGCAACAACAGCCAGCGGGACUGCAACAACAGCCAGCGGGACUGCAACAACAGCCAGCGGGACUGCAACAACAGCCAGCGGGACUGCAACAACAGCCAGAGGGAGUACAUCAGCUACACCAGCUCCCUCAAUAACUCCUAACAGUACUGUGACAAAUCUUAUGGAAACCAUUUCUGCAAAUAAUUGCAGCAAGACACAGCUCUGUGCAAGACAACCCUCUGACUGUGACCCCACCAACAGGACAUGUUUCUUUCUUGGUGUCCGGAAACUGAGCGGUCAAAAUUUUGGGUUUGCACUUUCAGGAGA